CAUAAGUCACUACCGCAAAGCCACUACAUUCCCCAUAGUGCAUCAAGUGCGGCGUAAAAUCAAGCGCUGUGAUUGGCGUAGACGCUGUUUCCUCAUGAGUCAAAUGGGGUCUCCGAACGUCUUUGUGUCUGUCAACAAGGUCACUUGUAAACGCGUGUCAAACCUGCGGUUCCCGAAACAGGUGGACACCAUAGAUUAUGAACUACUUGUGUGUGAAUUUUUCCAGUGAUGAAACAGGCUUUGUAGAAGUAUUUUUUAUGUUGUCAUACAUUUCGCUUUUGUCACUUAGCAGAACCAGUGUGGAGACGAACGAGAGAAACGAAAAAUCGUUAUGCGUGAGGUACGCCCCCUGUAGGCGUAAAACGCGAGUAAAGAAAUGAUGGUCAUGCAUGAGGUACGCCCCCUGUAGGCGUAAAACGAAAGUAGAAAAAUUAUGGCCAUACAUGAGAUACGCCCCCUGCAGGAGGUACCACGCUGACGUCCGGGGGAAGGCGCACAGUGAGGUAAAGGGUGCAGCUCCUUACCCCGGCGAUCUGAGGGUUUCGUGUCAGUUAAUCAUUUAAUCCAUAGACAGAUCCUGCUUUUUAACACUUAUUUAAGUGAAUACGUCGCACUUUUUCUCUUAAUAUUUAAGUGACUGCGUUUCAGCCUGAGCUCCAGAUGGACCACAAGGCGCGCCUUUGAAGAGAUGGACAUGAUCGCCGUGAGGCUCGGGACGCGUCAGUGUUUCACCGCCGCUCUUCGCAGUCCGUCGUGCCCGAAACACUGUGUCACCUCGGCUGCUGACCCUCCGCAGCCCGACGACCUCGGCAGACACAUCACCCGGAGGGCUUCUCGGCCAGAUCCCCCCGGUCCUGACCCUCCGUCUGGCUCAUUCUUACGGCGGAGAGGAGCGGGAGCACUCGCCGGCUUGGGCUACGGAACUUUCUGUGUGCGACGCUGGUGCAGAAACGAGCUUCACACGGGGUUCGGCGCCGCACUGUCGCUUCUGAAGCACACAGUUUUAAUUGCCCGAGAAUUGAGUACCUCAAUCAGAACCCUGCAGUCUGAAACGGCCAAGUCGGAGAACAGGAAGUUCUUCUUUGACACCCACGCUGUGGUUCGUCUGCUGGAAAACAGUGGGUUCAGCUCGCAGCAGGCAGAGGUCGUCGUGAGCGCCCUAAUGAGAACCACAAAUUCCAACAUGGACAUCAUCUAUAAGGACAUGGUGACCAAAGUUCAGCAGAAAGUCAAGAUUGAGGUCCUUCAGUUGAAAGUGCAGUUGAAUGAUGUGAUGAACAAAGUGCGUUCAGAUUCUAUUUUGGAGAUGAACCUGGAGAAAAGCAGAGUGAAGGAAAUGAGAGCGGAAUAUGAAAGAAAAGUACUGGCAGCACGAACACAAAUGAUGGAGAUGAAUUCAGAGCAGGAUCGUCAGAUAACCCAGACUAACAUGAAGAUAGACACCGAAGUGGCUGGACUGAAAACCAUGCUGGAGUCUCACAAGCUCGACACUGUAAAGUACCUGGCAGGAUCGGUUUUCACGUGUCUCACUGUGGUCCUGGGAUUUUACCGAAUAUGGAUGUGACGUUAGGCGGACUACUGCCUCCAUGUUCUCGGUUCCUCAUUACUGUAGUCAGCGCUUAAGUUUUGCGUUAUCUCAGGUACAAAGUGCUGAAUGGGAGAGGUCGUGCACAGUUUGGGGGUUUCAUAUCUGACAUGAGCGUCGUAAACAAGGGGUUAACUGGGUCGAAGUUCAAAUGGUGGGCUUUUCUAAUAAAUGUAUCUAUUUAUUUUAAAUUAUGGACCACUCGUUGAAUAAUUGUGAUGUCUGCCGAUUGAUAUAUUACAGGCUGUUUAUCAUUUUUGUUUAACAUUUGCUGCCUUGUAACGUAUUCCAAGAAUUUGUAGCUGUGCCUUAAGCAGUCCAUUUGAAGUAUCCCUUAUGAAAAAAAUGCAACCUUUUCUCUUUAAUUCUGACCAUCCAGACUAUUAUUCUUCUGGCUUCAAGGCCCAUCCUGCCCUACAUGGGGUGGAACAUUCAGCAGAAUGCAUGUCGUUCACUUGAUAUGUGUUAGUCUGAGAUUGUCAGCAUGGUCAAGGCAAUCCAUUGUUUCAGAUGACAAACCACUAAGAAGCUUGUGGGAGAAACACUUGUGCCCUUUGGUCUUGGUGAGAUGUAAACCAUGCCAAGCAAAACAUACCAUGAUAGUGUUUUCUCGCAUUAUACAGGAAAUGCAGCAUAUAGUUAGCUAGAAGUCAAUGCAAAAUACUCACAUUUAUAAUCCAUCCAUUUUCCAAACCGCUUAUCCUACUGGGUCGUGGGGACAUUUAUAAUCGUAUUUCAUAUGUUGUAUAUGGUUUAGUUUUGAUUUAAUUUAUGCAGUGUACAAACUUUACAAAUUUUUCAAAUAGCCUUAAUUUGGAAUAAAUAUAAGAUUUAAAA